CCCCCUCUGGGGAAAUUGUACGGUGGCGCGAGGCAAACCAACUCGUUCGAUUCUGUAGAAGGUGCAAUGGAUAAUGCGACUCCAGCGACAACGAACAACACCAGAAUGGAAAAACGGAUCGCUUUAGAGUGUGGCAAAAGAAAGCCAGAUGAGGUAGAAUCGGUAGUCUUUUGAGGGCUAAGGAUUUCUUCUUGGGAAAUUAGGAGCCUUUAGUUCGAUUAGCAAGUGAAAAGCGUAGUAAAUCGACUAAUUUUUUGAGUCGUCCCUUCUCCAUGUGCUUUUGUUGUUUUGCAGAUUGUCGAGCUAAUCUUGGAUAAUUGUUAUUCUACCAACGUCGUUGGGCUAACAGAUGAAUUUGUCAACUUGGAGAGGCUGUCUUUGAUCAAAGUUGGGCUAACAAAUUUGAAAAAUUUUCCCAAUUUACCAAAUCUUACUCGGGUAAGUGAGAUUUUUUUUUGGAGAUCAGGAGCUUGUUGCGGGUGCAAUUUAGCAGGGCUAUUCUGAACGGUCAUUGCACCUCACAAGCUGUUGAAGAUUCUCAUAUUUUCAACUCUGUUUUUUCCCAGCUGGAACUCGGCGAAAACAGGAUAAUGUCAGGCCUCCAGUCUCUUCAGGGAUCUCCGAAAUUAGCACAUUUGAGUCUUAGCAAUAACAGGAUAAAAGAUCUCGAAACUUUAGAACCGUUGGUGAGUACAAAGUUUGAGUUAUCAUUUGUGUGCGAGUCGCAUCCUAUCCAGGGCCGAUCAACUAUGUUAUCGGACUUAAGAUUAAAGAUGAAGCUGUUAUAUUUUGCAGUUGGCUGCUUGGUAAUUUUCUAUUACCGCUAACACAUUUUUUUUAUCUCACUAGUCAAAACUACAAAAUUUAAAAAGUUUGGAUUUACUUAACUGCGAAGUAACAACGAUAGAAGACUACAGAGCUGAAAUAUUUAAUAUGAUACCAUCCCUGAAAUAUCUCGACGGCUAUGACAGGUAAGUAAGGGAAGCGGGUGCAAAAUAUAUUUAUGGUUGCACUUUCCUUCUCUAGCUUGUUCGCUUUGGUGCAUUUCUAGUUAAGAGGUCGCAUGAAAAAUUGGCAGUAAUUUGCCUUUCUCCUUCUCCACUAGAUUCGGGAAUGAAGCAGAGGACACAGAUUCCUCCGGAGAAGAGGACGGCGAAGAAGGUAAAAGCCACUGUGCCCAUUUCUCCUAAAUUAUUAUGCUACUUGAAGGCACCUAAUUAAUGGGAAACGAAACUACUUUUAACAUCCGCUAAAGUGAUAUUUUUGAACUGAAUGCAAGUUUGCGAGGUGAACCCGCGGUUCGGCGAGUGCCGCGCAUUAAAAUAUGCAACGAUCGGAUAAAGAAGAAUUGAGUGGAAAGCUUCAGACACCACAUUGAAUGGAUUUUUGUAGAUUUUCGCCUUAUAAACGGAAUAUGUCGUUUCCCCUCUACAUGUGAACCGUCUAUGGAGGGUUUCUUGAAUAUUUAAGUCAUACUUUCAUCUGUGUGGUAAAAUUAAUGGACUCGAGAGCGGGUACCACGCUGUAAAUGGAAAUUCCCGCGCAUUUGGAGGCUCGAAGCUAUUUUAGGAUUCUGUUUUGGUCGCCGUUCGACCAAAGCGAUCAUUUCAGCUGACUUAUGGCGUAGCAACACGUACACUUUUCGUACAAUCGUCGAUAGUUUAAUCUCUCAGUUUUCGUCGUAAAUUGGAUCAAAUUUCCUUCCAGAAAACAGGGAAACUGAGGGCCAUUAUAAUAUUUUAGAGUGGCUGAUUCUUAACAGAGCCGUUCGUUUGAACAUCAAAUGGUAUUUGAUUUCGUUUUAGAGCCUUUUGAUGGCUAACGCUUAAUUGCGAAUGUCUUCAGAGUGAAAGCGAGAGAAUGCCACAAGUUUACCCGAGAACUUUUCAAAAUUAAUUCUGAAACAAUCCUUUGCCAUUAGACAUCAGAACGGUGUAAACUUCAUACUGAGUUGUACUCCCAUUUGUUUUAUGCCUGUGUUGUUUUUGAACUUGAAGGAAAGGCCCAGGGGAUGUUGUGUUAUUCACAGAAGGAGAGAGAUACUCCAUUAAUAGAUAGGGCAGAUAGAAUCACUCUGGCUAAAUGUGUGUCAGUGAUAUUCCCCAAGUAUAUGUUGAAUUGCCCACCAAUUCUGAUGGCCUUCCUGAGAAAACAAGUUUUCUUUGGUCCUUAUUAAGUUCUAUUUCAGCACUUGCACUGCAAAGGUCUCUUCCUUUUGGGAAAGCAGAGAGUGAAUCUUUUGAAGAAGGAAAUAUGACACUUCAAAUUUUGUUGGCCAGUAUAAAACUAAGCCAUCUGAUGUACUAAUUCUCUUUUUGCUUGUGUUCGAAAACUUGAGAACCAAGAGCAUUGAACUGUCACAUGUAGCAAACAUGAGACAGAGAUUGUUUUUAGUAUAAGAGGAACAAAUGAGAAUGCAACAUUAACAAACUCGCUCCCCUUAAAAGGCCUUGUUAGCUGGUAAGGCAGGGCUAAAAAUUGGCAGUUGCAUGGUCGCCAGUGGCGAGUUAAAACUGACCAGGGUCACCAAAAGUUAAGGUUUGAAUGCCUGAUGUGUGACUAUGCUACAGAAUUUCGAAAUGUUGCAAUAUAAAUUAUGCAAAGCACAAAGUUAGAAAUAGAACUCAAUAUGUAAUUUAAUUGGACUACCUUUCUCUUUGUUUCUAUGCGUGGACUCUUAAGAUCAUCCAUUUUAGUGAAUUUUUAGUUCUGAAGUGGAAAUUCUGAGCCGUUUUAACAGUGAUUUCACGAACGAUCCACAUUCACCACAAAUGGGCGCCAUUUUGAUUUUGUGAUUGCCACAUGACUCUGGACUUUUGUGUUCUUUCCUUUUAAUUAACACUUCGUUAAAAGCCAUGGGGCAUUUAUUCAAGUUUUUCAUUUUAAACCAGAGGAAAUCGGGGGCAUUUUCAUUUUGGAAUGGGCCACUAAGACUUCAAGGAAACUGGCCCGACAGGCCACCAAGCACUGAAGUUAAUUUUUAGCCCUGGUAAGGUGCCACAAUGUCACUGUUGUUCAAUAGUUACAACAGAUCAGAGAACUUUUUGGCCAUCAAAAAGAUAUCUUCGGCUCAAUUCUGGUGGCAUAAAGUAUUUUUAAUUCAGAUGUAAGGAAUAUUUUCCUGUUUUUACUAUUUUCCUGUUAUUCUAAUUUUUAAUGGAAACCAUGUAUUGUAUCUUAAAUUUGAUUAUGUUGACAGAUGAUGAAGGAGAGGAGGAUGAUGAUGGGGAUGAAGAUGAUGACGAUGAGGAUGGUGAAGGUAAGAAAACUCUAAUAACCUUUUAAGAAUACUCCAGCUACCUGCCACAUGGCUGAGAAGACUUUGUGAAAUUGCUCUACAGGUGAUCAAAUUGCUUUACACCUGAAAAUCUCCCCUGCCUUUUCAAUGUACCAUAUUAUUAUUGCCAAGUUCUCAUUUGGAUAAGAUUAAUUUCCUACUAAUGAAGAUUUGAUCAGGUCAGUGUAAUAUUUCAUCAACUUCCAUCUGGAAUUGAAAGGUGUUAUUGUUGGGAAGAGGAAAGGACGUUAACCUUUUAAGCGCAGAGGGUGACUGACUUCUAAUUUUUUCUUACAUUACCACACCUGAAUCAAAUAUUCAGCUCAGGAAAUGAUCAGCAAUUUAAUAAGCUUCUGUUUGUCUAACAAAUUCUUAUCAGUAUUGUUGGAAAUGUAAAGAGAGUAGUGAAGAGGAUGAACACUUCUGUUAGAGUGUAUAGUGUGAAACCAGAUGAUGGAGCUUUCUCGUUUUUUCUCUCCUACUCUGAUCUGCUGGACGUUUAGGAGAGGAAGAUGAUGAAGAUGAUGUAGAUGAUGAAGAUGGCUCAAGUGGUGAUGAUGAUGAAGAAGGUGUGGAAGGGGAAGGUAAAAUUUCAAAAUGUUUUACUAUUUUUAAAUCUAAUAAUGAGCAGAAUCACAGGAUUUAAAAUUGACUUCUAUAGUUGCAGGUUUGGAAAGACAUUUAGAAAGAAUUUUGGGGAAGAAUCUAAAACAUUUGGUUGAAAUAGGGACUUUUGUUAAUUUUCCACUAUGGAUUCCAAACAUACCUUGUGGUGUUUGAGUGUCUUAAAAAAGUUUAUACCAGUCACGAGUCAUGUUUGUUUUUCCCAAUUAAGGACCAAGGUGAAAACUCAAGUUACUUGUAUGGCUCUGAAACAUGUAUGCAAUAUUAAUAUUUCCUUGUGCUCUUUGCUCUUUGAAUGAUUUUUGCUGGAGAUUUGAGUAUAGUAUUGGCUGGAUCACCUUUUCCCUCUGUUCACUUUAUAACCCUCAAUUCCCUUAACCUCAGUAUCCUUAUUUUCCUCACUCUCCUCUUUACAUUUCCUUUGGUAAAGACAAGAAUUUGUGUAAAAGUUUCACUUAACUCCACUUUCAUUCCAUUUCCUAUUUUUUAUAUAUAUAUAUAUAUAUAUAUAUGCACAAGAUAUUCCUUUGACCCGAAAAUAGCAGAUUCUAAUAAAGGCAGGUCAAUUUUUUUCCUCAACUAAAUUAUAUUUAACUUAAUUAAAUUACACCGGAAAUAAUAUAGACAUUAAGAAAUAAUACGUUUAAAGACAUUAAAAGAUACUCAAGAAAAGACAAAGUGGAAAAUGAAAGAUGGUCAUUGUAAAGGAGAUAGAGUUCUGGAGUUUCUCAGUGUACAAAAAAUAUUGUAGAACUGGUCCAAUUGUUUUGAUUUUGCUGUGUCGGAAUUUUAGUAUUAUCUCAUCAUGCUCCAUAUGAGAAUCUUCAGUCUCUAGAAUAUUGAGGAGAGCCCUUUGUUUCUUUUUUCCUAGACAAAUUUCUUUAUUCAUAAGGUAUCUUAUGUGCCCUCCAGGCACAGUGACACCCAUUUUUUGACUGAGUUUAGCAUCAAAACCCUCUUGAUGAUACUUAGUUAGCUUUAGAGAAAAGUUUCCUUGCAGGUUAAGGUACCCAAGGGGGCAACCUUUACAUGACAACUGUGAAGAUUAAACAGUGAAACAGCUACAAGAUUUUUUAAUUUCUGGUUUUCAUUUUCUCUUUUUACUCAGAGGGUGAUGAAGAUGAAGAUGAUGAUGAAGAAGAAGAUGAAGGAGAAGAUGAGGAGGAACCAGGUCUUGAUUAUUUACAAAAAGAGAACUUAGAGGUAAACACCUUCUUACUUGUACAUGAGUCAUUUACUAAUAGGAUUUUUAAAGGUUCCUUUUUUCAGAAGGGCCACAUAUGUGUUUCAUUUCAGAAGUAUUUUGAUGUUUGUGUUAAGUUUAAUUUCUUAAGUAAGUUAUGUAAAGGUGUUAGAGUCCCAGUGAACACAUAGGCCAAGGGUGGCUGAGUAAGGUGGUGUGCAUUGAAUGCAAACCAUCUGUUUUUGUCAAAUCUAGGAUGAAGAAGAAGGUGAAGACUUCAACCCAGAAGAAGAAGAUGAAGAAGAGGAAGAAGAGGAUGAGGAUGAUGAAGAAACAGAGGAAGCUGAAAGGAGAGGAGAAAAAAGAAAGCGAGAAGAUGAUGACGAUGAUGAGGAUGACUGA